GGAGGCGCUGCCAGAACACCAGACCAGAACAAGCGCGUGCAGCCAGCCGGGGCGAGGGGCGCAACAUGAGCAGGAGGAGCGUGUGGCGCUCCGCGUGCACCAGGUGCACUGCACCUGCACCUCCACCGUAACUCCAUCAUCAAAAAGUAAGGUCUUCGUGGGUUUUUGAGAAGACGUGAAGUCCGGAUCUGGAAUCUGGUCAGAUAUGCCCUAAAGUGCACGGAGUGGAGGCGUCCGAUUCCCAGAUUCAUAAAAGGCUUUUUGUUCAUCAUCACUGGAAAAAUUAGGAUUUUCUCCCUUUUAAACUUAAAACAGAAUUGUUCUACUGGGUCUGGAAGUAAAGCAAACUCAUCACAUGUGGCACACAGUUUGACGGGUGGACUGCAAGCGUUUCUAGAUCCAUUGUCCGAGUCUUUCAUCGUCUUCACAGUAAAACCUGAGAUUGCAGGUUGCAGCUAGAUUAUGUUCGGCAAGCAUCACACUUUUUGGAUGAGCUCUAAAUUUUUGAAACCUUCUCAAAUAAUUUUUCACAGAUUCUCUCCUGAAAAGCUUCUGUGUUUUUGUGAAUGACGUUAUUCUGAAGUCUGAUGAAGCAGUAGUCUGCAGCAUUUCAUGCCCUAAGACCUCAGACUGAAGAAUGAUUAUCUUUGCCUAACAGUAUUUAAGGAGCUCACUGCUAAUUAUGCAGGACCUGGCAGGACCGGGUAUGUCCAGGAAAACCCUGAUUUUUAAUGGCAUUUUCCUUUUCUGGGUCUUGCUCUUUGGAAUACUUUUUGCAAGCACAUCAGUGACAUCUUGUCCUGCAAGUUGUCACUGCAUAGACAAGAACGGCUUGACGGUGGUCCAAUGCAUGUCUUGCAACCUGGAAACAAUCCCACCGGAUCUCCCGAGAGACACGGUCGUUCUGCUUCUGGCAGCCAAUCACAUCACCCACAUCCCCAACCAUGCCUUUAGAGAACUACACUACCUUCAGGAGCUGGACCUGUCUUACAAUGACAUCGAGACCGUGGACGUCGGAGCAUUUCAAGGCGUUUCCAACAGCCUCCUCCUGCUGGAUCUAUCCAACAAUCACAUCCAAAGUGUCCCCAAAGAGGCAUUUGCUCGUCUGCGAGCAAAGAUCAGCCUCUCGAACAACCCGUGGCAUUGUGAGUGUACACUGCAGGAGGUCCUGAGGGAGCUGCACCUGGACCCGGAGACGGUGAACGAAGUGAUCUGUCACACAGCGGUGCAAGAGGAGUACGCCGGCAAACCGGUGAUCCAGGUGCUGGACUCGGGGAUCAACUUCUGCAACUUUCACCAUAAGACCACCGAUGUUGCCAUGUUCGUCACCAUGUUUGGAUGGUUCACCAUGGUGAUUGCAUAUGUCAUCUACUACGUGAGACACAAUCAGGAGGACGCCAGGAGGCACCUGGAGUACCUGAAGUCACUGCCAAGCAACUCUCAGAUCAGCAAGGACUUUGACACCAUCAGUACGGUUCUUUAGCAGGCCUGUGUGACUGAGGAGGUGUGUGGGCUUCUGUAAAUCAUGUGUGUUUGUGUGUGUGUCUGUGUGUGCGUGGUUAUAAACAGAAUGACUGUUAGGCUGUUGCAACAUAACUACUGUUUUGAGCUGUUUUAGUUUUUAAAAUGAAUCAUUUUGAUUAGAAUUAUUUUUAACUGAGAGCCACUGUGUGUCAGGAACAAAUCUUUAACUUGGUUUCCAUGACGUGUGAGCCAAUGUGGGAGGUGUUCGUCAGCUCUGGAGCUAAAUUAGAGAGGAAAUGAGCUCCAAAUGUGCUCAAAAUUGGCAUAAAAUACAAGUUCAAACAAUUUUGGCAAAUUUUGUGAUGUAUUUGCAUAAAUAUCACAAAAACGUUGGGCGAACUCGCAAACACAAUGCAAAAAGGCCUUAGCUGGGAUUCAAACCAGGGACCUUGCUACAAGAAAACAUUGAUGCCAACUGCGCCACCAUGCAGCUGCAUAUGAUCAAAUAUUAUAAGCUGAUGUUGUUCAACGUUUAUCUAAAAUUCAUGGUUAGGGUUCAUAUUCAUUAAACACCAAUAAAAUAAAGUUGCAAUUUUUUACAAGUAAAUUAAUGUAAUAUUGUGUCCAUUUAGUUUCACAAAUGUGUAAUAUUUACCUAAAGAUGACAGUAAAGCACAAAGUAAGAAACUCAGUUUCUUAAGAGAUGACCAGAGAAAUGUUUUUUUCUGCCCUUAUGUCGGUUCAUGAUUGAAUCUGGACAGAAUAGAAUGAGGUUAUUUUUACAUUGGCUGCUUUAUUAUUCUAUUUUAUGGUCGUGAAUUCAAGGUGAGGGAAUUUUUACGGACAUCUGCUAAUUUAUGAACUGAGUCAAGAUGCUUACUAAAAAAUACCGAAGCCUCUGGUAAACUGGGGAGUUGUUGGUCCAUGAAAUAAUAUUCUUCUCUGCUGCAUUCCAUGUUGAAGAAAACUCAUUAUUCAUGAACACGUAAAGGCUUUCCAUACCUUUAUGUUGUUGGUUGCGAAAAUACCAUAGAUGUACGGAUCACAUCACAGGGUGUAGAAGUAAAGUCCAAACUCCUUAGAGGAUGGGCUGAACCAUCUUUCAAACAAGACAGCAGGCUUUGACUUCUUUAAUGUGAUCAUUUAUACAUGUUUCUCUCCACAGCCUAGGACACAGACCCUGUCAGAUCCAGACGUGCAAAUAUGUGUGAAUUUUACUUGGUAACAACCAUGUUUUUACCUCACAGAAGGAAAACUAGUCCCACUGCUUCCAUAUUUGGGGCAGAUUUAUGAAUCAAGUUAUUACCAAACAAUAUUUUGGUCUAAAUUCAUACAAAUUAAAUUGGACACACUACAUUUUUCUAAAACAAUUCUAGAAGCUGCUUUUUUCUAUCAGAACAAUGAAAACUAAGAUUGCCUGAAGUUAAGCUGGAAUUAUGCAUCUUUAGAACAUGUUAUCUGGAAUCUAUGCAAUGAAAGAUGAAUUUGAUGAGAUUUAAUUGCAAAAAUGUGCAGAAGAAAAGAUGUUUACAGCUGUAAAACUAAUGGGCCAUUCCCAUCUGUACCGGGUCGGCCCGGGCCGGGUAGCCCCAGUCGGCCCCAGCCUGGCCCGGUUGAUUCCACACAUCCUUGUCUUAAGCCCAUGUGGGCUGAUUCUACCCACCAAUCAGAGGCUUGCUGUAAUGCAGUGGUUCCCAAACUUAUUUAGCCGCGCACCCCCUUCUAUGUCCCGACCAUGUCGAC